UCUCUCCAUUUUGCAUUAGGCCCCCCUUGGUGCGUUCUCCUGUUUCUGGAGAGAGGGGGCGAUGGCUGAAGAGAAGAAAGCAGAGAUCUUUGAGCUCACCAAUGGCAAGAUCACAGCGAAGAUUAGCAACUGGGGAGCCACAAUCCUCUCUCUUCUUGUUCCUGAUUCCAAAGGAAAUCUUGCUGAUGUGGUUCUAGGGUUUGAUUCAAUCGAACCCUACAUCCAAGGUGCUGCACCAUACUUUGGAUGCAUUGUCGGUCGAGUGGCAAACAGAAUCAAAGAUGGGAAGUUUACUCUCGAUGGAGUGGAAUACUCUUUGCCCAUCAACAAACCACCAAACAGCCUUCAUGGUGGGCGCAAGGGAUUUGACAAAGUAAUAUGGGAGGUUGUGGAGUUUAACCGUGGUGAAACCCCAUCAAUCACCUUCAAAUAUCACAGUAAAGAUGGAGAGGAAGGGUACCCUGGAGAUGUGAGCGUCACCGCAACUUACUCCAUCCCUUCACCCACAACACUGAAGCUAGUCAUGGAAGCGGUGCCUGAAAACAAACCGACACCGAUGAACCUAGCUCAACACACAUACUGGAACAUUGCGGGUCACAACUCCGGCAACAUCCUGGACCACUCAAUCCAAAUCUUCGCACGUCACUUCACCCCCGUCGACGAGUACACUGUCCCAACGGGUGAAAUAAAGCCAGUAAACAACACCCCCUUCGACUUCACCACAGAAAAUAAAAUCGGGAGCAGAAUUCAAGAAGUGGGUCUUGGAUACGAUCACAAUUAUGUACUAGACUGUGGAGAACAGAAAGGAGGAGGUCUGAAACUCGCUGCUAAAUUGAAGGAUCCUUCGAGUUCGAGGGUUUUGAGCCUGUGGACAACUGCACCGGGAGUUCAGUUUUAUACGGGGAAUUACGUAAAUGGUGUUGUGGGUAAAGGAGGGGCUGUGUAUGGGAAACAUGCAGGGGUUUGUCUUGAGACUCAAGGGUUCCCGAAUGCGAUCAAUCAGGCAAAAUUUCCAUCUGUUGUGGUUCGGCCUGGAGAGAAGUAUGAGCAUGUUAUGGUGUAUGAGUUCUCAGUUGAGUGAUGUAAUGCGCUAAUGUUGAUGGGAGAAUAAUGUCGUGAUGUUGAACUUAUGAGAGAAGAAUAAAGUGGGUUCAGGUUAUUGAUUUGUUUU